GGGAGGGAAGGAGCGGGAGAGCCGGGAGAGCGGAGCAGGAGCUGCCUCAAAUGCUUGAAAUAAUUCCGCUUCCGUUCAGAGCCGGGAACAGCCUCCCACGGCUCCGCGGCCUCGGAGCCGUCUGCUCCGUCCCACAGCCGGCAGCGGCUGGCCCAGCAUGGCAACCUCCCCGCAGAAGUCCCCUUCUUCCCCCAAGUCCCCCACCCCGAAAUCUCCCCCUUCCAGAAAGAAGGAUGACUCCUUCCUGGGCAAGCUCGGCGGCACGCUGGCCAGGAGGAAAAAAGCCAAAGAAGUGUCUGAAUUACAGGAAGAAGGAAUAAAUGCCAUUAACUUACCUCUCAGUCCCAUUCCAUUUGAACUAGACCCCGAGGACACUAUGCUAGAGGAAAAUGAAGUCCGAACAAUGGUGGAUCCAAAUUCAAGAAAUGAUCCAAAAUUGCAAGAACUAAUGAAGGUAUUAAUUGACUGGAUUAAUGAUGUGUUGGUAGGAGAGAGGAUUAUUGUGAAAGACUUGGCUGAAGACCUGUAUGAUGGACAAGUGUUGCAGAAAUUAUUUGAGAAGCUUGAAAGUGAGAAGCUCAAUGUUGCAGAAGUUACUCAGUCUGAAAUUGCUCAGAAACAGAAGCUACAGACAGUGCUUGAAAAGAUCAAUGAAACCCUUAAACUCCCUCCAAGAAGCAUUAAGUGGAAUGUUGACUCUGUUCAUGCUAAAAGUCUCGUAGCGAUACUUCACCUUCUGGUUGCAUUGUCUCAGUAUUUUCGAGCACCAAUCCGACUCCCUGACCAUGUGUCCAUUCAGGUGGUUGUUGUGCAGAAACGAGAAGGAAUCCUCCAGUCUCGACAAAUCCAAGAGGAAAUAACUGGUAACACUGAGGCAUUAUCAGGAAGGCAUGAAAGAGAUGCAUUCGACACUUUAUUUGACCAUGCCCCAGACAAGCUCAAUGUAGUGAAAAAGACUCUCAUCACCUUUGUGAACAAGCAUCUGAAUAAAUUGAAUUUAGAGGUGACUGAACUGGACACACAGUUUGCAGAUGGAGUGUACUUAGUCCUGCUAAUGGGUCUCCUGGAAGGCUAUUUUGUGCCUCUGCACAGCUUUUUCUUGACUCCUGAUAGUUUUGAGCAAAAGGUUGUCAAUGUAUCCUUUGCAUUUGAGCUAAUGCAGGAUGGUGGAUUGGAAAAACCAAAGCCAAGACCAGAAGAUAUUGUAAAUUGUGACUUGAAGUCCACGCUGAGAGUACUGUACAAUCUGUUUUCCAAAUACAGGAAUGUGGAGUGAAGAAUUUAUUUGAGUUACAAAGGAGUGUUAACAAAGAAAACAUCAUACCUUGCAUAUCUUCCGUUUGUAUUCCUCUGCAUCUCUAUCCUAAAAGGAACAAAACCAUUUACCUGAAGAAUUUUUGGUUAUUAGUUGAUUAUUCUGGCACUGCUAUUUUCACAGUAGAUUUAAAACUAAUGUCACUUAUAAAGAAAAAAGGUUUGGGGGAAAGUAUCUGGGUAUUUUCUGGGAGAAUUCAUGUAUUGGUUGUCUUCACAUUGUUUUUAAUAGGUGAAGCAACAAUGAAAAAAAAAAGUAGUAAGUUUGAUUCAAAUCAGCCUUUGGGGCCAAUCAUAGGAAUAUUCUCUACUGAGUACUUAAUUAUUUUUUACAUAUAACUUUUUUUAAUCUGGGAAGGGGAAGAGUAUUUUCUAUCCGUGAUAAGACAGUUCCAUUCCAAUUGUGAGGAAUGUGCAUGGGGAGAAAGAGUUAAAUACACUUGUUCACAUGACAGCUAAGAAGAAGAAACAACCUGCUGAAUAUAUAGUUCCAGUGCUAUUAUUAGGCUUUAAUUUUAUGGGUACAAAUUGAAGUGGCUACUCAUUCCUUCAGACUUACUGUGAUGUGAUACUCUGCUUCAAUAUGUGCUAUUGAGCAUUCCACAGAACCACACUUUGCAGCUUGUCACUUGUUUUUGUUGAAGGAAGGCAUCUUUUUUGCAAAGAACACUUUUCAGGAAGACACACCUGUAUAAUACAUAUUUUCUAUAAUAUUUGUAUUAUUACUUCAUUUUAGAAAGUAGAAGAAUGGCUUGUUUUUAUUUUGGCAGUUUAACCACAGGAUUAUCAGAUUGCAAGUUUAGAUUGAUUGCUAAAUAGAAUUUAGAAUUGUCCCUUUGGUUGACUUUGUGAUGAAUGUAUGUUGCUGCAUAAUGUUCAACACAAAAAUUAAGAUUCAUUUUCUAGAAAUGGUCAAAACUACUUCCAUCUGCAAAGAUUCUAUUAGAGUGUAAAGUUCUUUGGUGAUUUUACAUGGCUACAAAGAUUUUUUCUAAAAUUUAAUUUCCACCAAUUGAGCCAUUAUCUGUUUGAUUUUAGCUUUAACAAAGACACAAAAGGGAAAUGGGAGUUGAUUCUUCCCUUAGACUGUACCAAGCACCAGUUAUGCUUCCAGAGGAGGCUGGUGGAAGCUGCCUGGAUCACUUCUGAAACAAAGUGUUCCAUUGCAACCACAAAUUCUUGGGAUCCUGGUUUACACAGUCAGGAAAAAAAUUCCUCAGGCUGAAAUUCCUUGAUAACUCUUCAGAAAUCUUGGGAGUGCUUAGUGCAGGAAGGAGACUUGUUAACAGCCAUCCAAUUACACAGAGCUGGCUUAGGUCAAAGGAAAAGUGAUCUGUCAGUGCUUGACUCGUCACCAGGAGAAAGGCAGAGCUGGCAAGGUCACUCAGAAACAGCUGGGUGUUACUCAUGAUGUAAAGCACUACAUCUUUCCAUUUUCCAGGGGUUUUAAUUUUUCUUUUAUGUAGAGCUUUCCAGUACAACAUCAGCAUAGAGGGAACUCCAGCAAUUAUUUUCUGUCUUUGCUAAACGCCAGCUGAUGUUUAGUGAUGAGGUGAUACUGACUUCUGUUGGGGGGCUACAAAAUUAUUUUCCUGAGAAAUAAUAUGAACUUUUCAAAGGGAAAGUCACUAUUCAAUUCAAAGGACAAUACCUAGGUGUUUUCCAUCUCAGAAAUUAUCUGAUUGUGAGAAGCACACUAAAUAUCUUUAUUAAAAUAUUUUCUUACCUGUGUGUUUUUAAUGGAGGUUGUGAAAUUAGAGGUACAGAAAACAGCAGUUAUUUCCCCUUUACAGGGAGAAAUAGCUGGACAUUUUGACCUCAAUGAAAUUAACCAAACAUUUUUUUGAGCAAACUGAGGCAGAACUUCUCACGUAUAUAUCAGGAGCAAUUUCAGCUUAUUUUAAUGUUUAACAUGCAAGUUCUUCCUUUGCACACCUAGUAGUAAUUGUAAUAGCUAACUAAAAAACAAAUGAGGUUUUUUAUGCAGACCAUGCUCAGCUGCAACACUUUUACAUUUCAACAGUGAUGAAAGAUUUUGACAGCCUUUGUUUUCAGGAGUGCAUUCUUUAAAGAGGAGAUUUAUAUGGGUAAAGUGAACACUGAAGGAGUUUUCUUUGCCUGGGCUUGCAAAUAAGUAUUGCUUGUGCUAUAUUGGUAUAACAUUAUUGGAGAUUUAUCUGUCAGGCUCCAUUUCCAUCCUUAUAAAACUGAGACAGAAUUAUUAAAUCCUCAUGCUGAAAUGCAAUUAUGCAGAACCAUAGAAGCAUUUAAACAAUAGCCAACCUUUCCACAAUUAUCUAUCCUCUGGUAAGAAUUUAUGUAAAUUAAAAUCUGCUAUAUAAAAAACAGUGUCCUAUGUAAAUAUAGAUCCAUGUGAUAGUUUUAACACUUACACACAAAUAGUAUAUGCUGCCAUGUAGGAGUGGGUCACUGCUUAUAUUUUUGACAGUGUAGAUUUAAAUAGCUAUCAGAUAAAUACAAAAUCUAAUAUAGAGAUUAUAUCUAAUAUUUAUUGCUUUGAUUCAGAAUAUAAGAGAAAUAUAGGAUACUACUGUAGACAGCUUGCUUUUCAGCAGUUGGUGUAGGCCAGCCCUUUCCUCCAGGGAAAAGAAAAGUUAUCUAGGCCAAAUUCUGCCACACCUACGUUUCUUUUAUUCUUGAUACACAGCAGUGCCCCUGACACAGUGCUGAGAGUAGAACUCUCCCCACUCUAUAUAAAGAGAUAGAAGUUGUUUAAAUUUUAGCCAAACCCAGGUUUAUUUAUAAUUACCUAAAAUGAUUAAAUGGACCCAAAUCGAUUGAUUUAGCUCACGUGAGACAUGAGCAGCCGCCUGGAGAGGCCAGUUCCUCUCCUGGUCCCAGAGGGAGCCUGCGGUCUCAAGGCUGCUGUCUCAGCACUUUGGAUCCUAAAGCCAGGUAGGGAAAAUCCAAGGCCCUGCCUGAGGAUCUCGUGGUGGUUUUGGGAUCUCACCCACCAGACCAAUGUGCCUGUCUUGUGCUUUGUGUGGGCACACAAAGGCCCACAGGCAGCUGAGCCCACCAAAAAGUGGCCAAUUCUUGGCCUGCCUUGAGUAGCAAUCAAGCAGUGAACUUUGCUGCUGCUGGGGCAUUGUGAGACCCCCAAAAGAAUCAUUUUCUGUGGCUUCUGAUUCGUGUGCAUCCAGCAAUAUGGUAUUUAGGUUUCUUCUGUGGCUGGAGAUGGGCAUCUUUUCCCUCUUGAUGGAUCCUGGUGUGCUCUUUCAACCACACAGAAAUUUCUGUUUGGGUUUUUUUUAAAGAGGAACUACAGAUUUUUCGUAGUGUGUCAAUAAGGUGUUGUGAAAAUAAUUACCUAAAAUCCUAAUACCUUGAGGUCAGCUCCUUUCAGAUUUCUUUCUCAGCUGACUGGCUGUUAUUUGUCAUAAAGAACAAGUCCUGUAAAAAGGAACCUUUGCAUAAUUUUACCCAAGACACACUCAUAAAGCCACGAAUUGAAUCGCUCUGUAUUUCUGAUGGAGUCCAGACGAACCAAGUUCCCUAUUAAAUGUGCUGAAAACUGCAGAAUAUGCAGUUCUUUACAUUUCCUAGUCAGGAGUAGCUCCAUGUUACAGAGGGUAGCAGCCCUUGCAGCUCCAUGGCUCAGGAAUUCAAGUGGACCAGCAGGAUAAGGCUAGAUAAGGUUCUAAUCUACUGCAGUGAAUUGUACAAGUGGCAGGAAAUCACCAGAGCCUCUCCUACAGGGCAUUGCAGUGCUGGGGAAUGGUUGCAUUCAAGCAGACCAUGAUGGUUGGGGUACUUGGUUGGCUUUUGUUCUUUUUAUUUUAUUCUUGUUCUUUUGUACUUUUUAUUCUGGAAGUAUGGUUUUAAAUUCAUGUUUCAGAUUAUUUUAGCAAACACCUUACUGCAAGCCACAGUGUUGCAACGCAGAAUGGCUUUUAGAAGUUUAUUUCAUUAGAUAAAGAUGUAUGUGAUAUUUAAUAUACUAGAUGCCAGCCUUAGGUCUAGUUUUUGUUAUUCUUGUUUUCCUCUCAAAACAACCUUCAUUAAUGACCAAGCAUCCAAAGAGAAAACAGUGCCUUGAAGACCAAUUACAAGAUUUUUACACUGUUACCUGUAGUAGGCUUCUGUCAUUUUAUUGUAAGAAUUAGUGUGGGCUUUCUCUUCACAGUCAAAGUACAAUUACAGACUGAAGAAAUCCUUUGUAAAAAGUUACAAUUAGCUUGCCUGAAGAUAUUUUAUUUUGAUUUGUCACAUGAAAAAUUGACAUAGCACCACCAAAAUUUUAAAAUUAGGCAUACCUCAGUAUCCAUGGAUUUUUCCAAAGAGGUUUUGAGUCAUUCAACAUUUACAAGGGCUAAUUUAAUGUAUUCUAAAAAUAUUUUGUCUGACAUUGUUUCUGCAAGAAUGAGAUUUUCUUUUCUGUCUAACAAUUUAAUACCAUGCCUGCUGUAACAAUAAUAGAGUCAUUGGAACAUUUGAUCCUCAAUUUCAGUAUCAAACUAACUGAGAAAAAAGAAUAUUUUCAAAAUUUGAUGAACAUGUAUCCAAAAUUAAUAAUUAUUAGUUAAAGUUAAGCUGCAUUGCCUUCAACUGCAGAGUUAGUAGCUUUCACAGAAUAUAUGUACUCUGUAAUUACAAAGACACACUCUUGCUGAAUUUUUUUUUCUGUGCUUUUCCUGAAACCUUUUGUUAUGAUCCACAAUAAAAUCUGCACCUGAAAAUCAA